AUGGAUUACACUACGGACGGAUCCGCGAGUGUCAGUACUCCUGUUGCUUUUUCAAGCUAUACGAUGGUGAUACUUGCAGUGCUAAUGGUAACUUUAGUCGUUGUAACGGUGAUUGGAAAUGCACUGGUCAUAUUUGCCUUUAAGGUGGAUAGGAGCCUUCGAAGGCAAAGCAACUACUUUUUCUUAAACCUGGCGAUAUCUGAUUUUCUUGUUGGUGCAUUUUGCAUCCCAGUCUACAUCCCGUACAUUCUCACAGGCAGAUGGAUGCUUGGGAGGGCUCUUUGCAAACUGUGGCUGGUCAUGGACUACCUGCUGUGUACGGCUUCCGUCUUCAACAUCGUCCUCAUAAGCUAUGACCGCUUCCUGUCUGUCACCAGAGCUGUAACGUACAGGGCCCAGCAAGGCCUGACCAAUCGACCCCUGGUGAAGAUGAUCGCGGUGUGGGUGCUGGCGUUCCUCCUCUAUGGCCCAGCCAUCAUCUUCUGGGAGGCUGCAGUCGGGAAGAGCAACGUACCCUAUGACGAGUGCUUCGCCGAGUUCUACUACACGUGGUACUUCCUGCUCUGCGCUUCCACCUUGGAGUUCUUCUCCCCCUUUGUCUCCGUGGCGUUCUUCAACCUGAGCAUCUACCUGAACAUUCGGAGGAGGAACAAGAGGCGGGCCAGCCAGGAGAGGGAGCAGAACGGCAAGCUGUCCCCACGAUGCAGCGGGGGGAAGCUCCCGGCCAUGCUGUGCAGGAACUCCUUCCAGUUAAAGCAGAGGACGGUGUCCGUGGAGAUCCGGCACGCCUCGCUGCCCGUCAGCCAGGUGGACAGCGCCUCCACCAGGUGUGCGCAGCACUCGCGCCUGUCCCGGGACAAGAAGAUCGCCAAGUCGCUGGCCAUCAUCGUGUGCGUUUUCGGGAUCUGCUGGGCGCCGUACACCCUCCUGAUGAUCAUCAGGGCAGCCUGCAGGGGGCGCUGUGUGGAGCAUCUCUGGUACGAGAUCACGUUCUGGCUCCUGUGGCUAAACUCGGCCAUCAACCCGUUCCUCUACCCUCUCUGUCACCAGAGUUUCAGGAGAGCUUUUGCCAAGAUAUUGUGUCCAAAACGACAGUGCAUGCAGCCUCAAAUCGAACCUCAGUCUGGUUAG